AUGAGUGGAAGAGGCAAAACCGGCGGAAAGGCCAGAGCCAAGGCCAAGACCCGCUCCUCCCGUGCGGGGCUCCAGUUCCCCGUGGGCCGCGUGCACAGGCUGCUGCGUAAAGGAAACUACGCGGAGCGCGUCGGGGCCGGAGCCCCCGUGUACCUGGCGGCCGUCCUGGAGUACCUGACCGCCGAGAUCCUGGAGCUGGCCGGCAACGCGGCCCGCGACAACAAGAAGACUAGGAUCAUCCCGCGCCACCUGCAGCUGGCCGUGCGCAACGACGAGGAGCUCAACAAGCUGCUGGGGGGGGUCACCAUCGCCCAGGGCGGCGUGCUGCCCAACAUCCAGGCCGUGCUGCUGCCCAAGAAGACCGAGAAGCCCGCCAAGUCCAAGUAA